AUGAAGAUUGAAGGCAAGACUUUCAUUGUGACUGGUGGUGCUAGCGGUUUAGGUGCAGCUACUGUCAAUCAUUUAAUUUCACUCGGUGCUAAAGUUGUAAUUUUUGAUGUUUUGGAUGAAAAGGGAAAACAAAUUGAAAGCGAACAUCCUGAUUCAGUUCUUUAUGUUCAUGUUGAUGUCUGUGAUGAAAAACAAGCUCAACAGGGUAUUGACGAAUUAGUGAAAAAGUUUGGAAAUACUUUGUAUGGUGUUGUGAAUGCUGCUGGAAUUGGUGACCCAAGAAGAGUUUACAAUCCAAAGAAGGGAGAAGCUCAUCCAUUGGACGCUUUCAAUAGAGUAUUAGCUGUCAAUGUUUCUGGAACAUUUAACGUUUUGAGACUUGCUGUUGCUCAAAUGAUGAAACAAAAUGCACCACUUUGUGGAAAGGAUAAGGAACGUGGUAUUAUUAUCAACACUGCAUCGAUUGCUGCGUACGAAGGACAAAUUGGUCAAGCAAGUUAUUCUGCAAGUAAGGGUGCUGUUGUUUCCAUGACUUUGCCUAUUGCAAGAGAAUUGAGUAAUUACAAUAUUAGAUGUGUCACCAUUGCUCCUGGUUUGUUUUUAACUCCAAUGUUGAUGAGCUUGAGCGACAAGGUGAGAGAAUCUCUUGGAAAACAAGUUCCAUUCCCACCAAGAUUGGGAGAUCCACCAGAAUAUGCAAAAUUGGUUCAAUUCUUGAUUGAAAAUCCAAUGAUGAAUGGAGAGGUUGUAAGAUUGGAUGGUUCUAUUAGAAUGAGCAGUCUCUGA